AUUAAAUUGAAGAUACUCUUCUGAUAAUCUUGUGAAUUGCACAUUAUAUCGAGUAAAAGUUGAUUACGCUGUUUAAACUAUUAACUCCAUCGUGUAAAUUGGCUUGCCUCAAGGCAUUACACCUUCCAAAUGGUCUCUCAAGUUCAUCCCAAAUAUUUUAGUAAUCUCAUGUUGCAAAACAAUUCUAUGAAUUUCCAUUCACGCGGAAUUCAAAAUCCAACAAAGACCGUAGUAUUAGAUGCAUCCUACAUAAGAAAAUCUCGAUAUGCAAGAUCUGGAACAGGUAGAGUACCAUCUAUAAACCCAAUUUUGUGUAAUUUUGAGAACCAUUUGAACUGCACUUUGCCACAGCUGGUAAUUUUUUUCGCCCCAAAACUUUACUAGCAAUGGACUAAACCAAAAAUUCACUAAGAAUAUAGAUGUUGAUUCUCACUACCCAUCUUUGUAGCAACCCAUGAUUUGCCUUCCAGGACCCAUUAAACCUCAUUGUUGUGGUCUAGGUAUCCCGACCUUGAUUAUGCUCCCAAUUCGCAUUCCUUCAUUUAUGCUGGUAGGGUUUGCCUAGGAAGAUGGGCACGUUGAAGGUUUUGAGCGGCCGAAGAGGUGUGAUAAUACGAAUGCGGUGGAUGAGGAAGAGGAAUAUAAGACGAGUCAUGAGCGGGAGGGUCGUGAUAUGACGAAAACAUAUAAUGUGAGGGAUUUAGGUAUGAACAGUGGUGGAGGGAGCCCUUGAGGAAAGGGGUCCUAGGUAGAGCUGGCAAAUUACAACCCGACCAGUUGAUCCGACCCAAAACCGCCCGAAAACUUGAAAUUUUUGUAACCCAAAAUCCGAAUUACCCAAACUCGAUAACCCGUAAUUUUUUGGGUCGGGUUGGGUGGGUUAGGGGGUCGACCCGUUAGACCCAUUCCAUUUUAUAUAUCACUCCCAAAAUGAUAAAAUCACUCAUAAAUUGGUGAGAUUUAAAAAAAAAAUCAGAAGGAUUUAGAUGACAUGUUUGGAGUUUAAGGAUAAUCAAAUAUCAUGUGUUUCUUGUAGUAGUAUUACUCUUCUAAUUGUUUUUUGACGAUUUGCGCAAUUUGUAUUUCAUUUCAUUAGCAUAGGAGGAUUUGAGAAUAUGUUAAUUGACAUGUGUUAGGUAAACUAUUAUCAUGCAUAUGUGAAAAUUUGUGUUCUUUAAGAAAAUAUGAAACAUGUUUGAUAUUGUUUAUGAGAACGCUCAUAACCCGAAAUGACCUGUAACCCGACCCGAAACCAAAUGGAUAGGGUCAAUAUUUGACCCGAAAUCAGUCAACCAAACAUGACCCGACCCGUAACCAAAGUUCUCAACCCGAAAUUAUCCAACCCGAUCUGAUUGCCAGGUCUAGUCCUAGGACCCCACUUAGCAAAAAAUUGGGUAUCAAAACCCUUUAAAUAUAUGUGUUGUAGCAUGAUACUUGAAAUGUACGACCCCAUACUUUCGCCAAUACUACAUUGCGUAAGGACUCCAAUCAACUCGAAGUUGUUAAGAACCCCAAUUCAUUCAAAGUCUGACUACGCCACUGGGUAUGACAAUAAGGAUACAUGGAAUUGAGGCAUAUGGUUGGAGUAAUAAAGAGGUUGAUGAUGAUGUAUCUAAUCAUAUUGUCAUUUCCAUUGAGAGUAAGGCUUUUCCAUGAAGGUCUGUAAAUUAGUAUGGCAAGAUGCCGAAACAACGAGCUUUGAUACCGCUAAUGGAUACGGAGACCUCAACCUUCGGACUUUGAGAUAUCUCGCUCGAAAAUCUCGAGUUAAGGGAUCUCUUCAAUGUCGAGAAGGGGUUGUAGUUACGUUACAACUAAUCUUAGGGUUACUAAAUAUAGAUGAAAUUCUACUAGGUUUAUUCAUUUACCACAAACUAAUGACUCUAUACAUAUAGGAAACUCUUACUUUCCCUACAGGUUAUAAACAAAUGACUCUAACACUAUUGAUUAUGAAACUCGACAACAAAUAUAGUAAGGAAAUCCUAUAUACUAUUGACGUAUGAUGACUUGAUAUAUACACAUGUUUUUGUCCACCAUUCUUACACCGUUUGAGUCUUAUUUCUCGCGUUUUAGGCCGAUUUCCCGCUAGGUUGUUCUUGUUUGUGAUAUUUCAGGUCUUAGUACGUGAAUGAAGGUUUGGGAACGAGUUCCCGGUCUAUUGGACGAAGAUUGGACGUUUGGCGAGAAGCUAAGGAAGCCACACUGGCACGCCUAAAAUCCCAAACGGCCGUGUGACUUGGCCGUGCGGCACCAUUUUGCACGGGAAAGCCACACUGGCCGUGUAGGGGACCCCUUGUGGCCGUGUGGAAAGUCCAAGGAGCUCACACAGGCAGCCUGGAAAUCCACACGGCCGUGUGGUUUUGGCCGUGUAGCGUACCUAAAGCCACUUAAGUGAAACGCGACAUUUUGCACACUCACACUGGCAGCUGGGAAAGCCACACGGCCGUGUGACCUGGCCGUGUGGUCGGGAAUUUCUAGGUUUUAACCCAAUUUUGAGCCAAAGGAGAGGGAAUCGACUUUUUGGAGCAAAAAUAGAGUUUUAGAGAGAGAAAGUGCGAAGAACAAACCCUAGGAGCUAUUUGGAGUGGAUUUCUCACCAUUGAAGCCCAGAUUGCAUCCCCGGGAGUGAAGAUUGACAUCCCAGAGCAGAUUCUUCCCAUUGUUAUGAGUAUGACUGCUUUGUAUUCUGUUUCCCUCUCUCUCUCUCUCUCUCUAUGGAGUAGAACUUUCUCUCACUUGGGUAUGAAGAACCCUAGUUCCAUGUGUUAGUGAUCUUGAUUGUAAUGACUUGGGAUUGUUAUACUGUUUGAUUUUAAUCGAUUGAUGCAUGAUUUAUUGAGUCAAUUGAAGUCUGAUCAUCUUUUCUUGAUUUCUGCUGCAACCUGAGAUAGAUAGAAUCUGAUUAGGUUGUUAGAGCUUCAUCAAUCGGUAGUGGAAGAUUGGUUAUACGAGAGUCAAUCAAUCUACUGCUUUGUACUAGAACCCAAUUCCAGUAGUGGAGUUCUGUGCCUAUUGCCUCAGCAGUCUAUCCCGGUGAAGGUUAGUCGCUUGUCGGUUAGCCUGCCUGAGAGGGCUUGGUCAGCUUAAGAGAUUCCAAGCUACUGUCGGAUCUUUUGCAGUUUCAUCAAUAGUUAAUCAACCCAGGGAAAUUACAACUGAGACCUAACUAAGGAGCUAGGGGGACUCAUUCCCGAGUGACUCUUCCUUUGAUUUAGAAAACCGAACCAUUUCCUGAUUUCUUACUGCUUUUAGUUAAAAUCACAAUCACUCAACUUAGUUUGCUAGAUAACAGAUAUACACGGAGUAGGGAGUAGAUCUAGACCCCGGGUUGACAAUUAGAGCUUGCCUGUUACCGCAUUUCCGGACUGCUAUUACACUUGGUCGCAGUUUGGUGUUGUGUUUUAGCGUGUCAAGUUUUUGACGCCGUUGCCGGGGACCCUCUAGGUUAUUGGGGAAACGUGAAAGUUUGUUACUCUAGGUUUUUCUUUACUGCAUUUUCUCUCUUCCACCUGUGUGCCUUCACAGGUUGCUUUUGCUGAUUGUGUGCAGGUAGUGCAUGACCCACAACCAGUCGGGAGAUUUACUACCAUUAGAUCAAGAGUUUGAACGAAACUGUAGUAACUUCAAGCGGGCUCUAAAGGCGCGAGUGGCUGCGGAGGAGGCCUUAGCACAACUGCAAAUCACCGAGGAGGAAGAGAUGGGUGACCCACAGGACCAUGAUGUGGUCCUUCUUGAGGAGAAAACGAUGGGGUACUACUGGACCGCCAGAGCCGCAGACAUGAGGUCGCCCAGAGCCAACAACUUUGAGGUGAGCACCUCGGUCAUCACUAUGUUGCGCGGCUUGGUAGUAUUCCGUGGCAAAGAGGGGGAGUGCCCCCGAUCACAUCUGAGGCGAUUCCACGAGCUCAUUGAUGGAAUCAAGAUAAAUGAGGUCCCAGCCGAUGCCAUCCAGCUGAGGUACUUCCCAUUCACUUUGGAGGGGCAAGCCAAGGAGUGGCUGGAAACCAGCCCCCCUGGAUCGAUCACCACGUAAACCAACCUGGCGGACAAGUUCCUCACCCGCUAUCAUCCUCCGUAAAAAAUGGCGGACUUGCAGAAGCAGAUCUCCCACUUUGCCCAGGAUGAAGAUGAGACCAUCCGGGACGCGUGGGAGAGAUACACCAGUCUCUUCCUGAGGUGUUGAUGCUCCAAAAACACAACACCUAACAAAGGCCAAGUGUAACCAAUGAAAGGGACUGCAGUAUAGUGGCUCAAGUGAUAAAUAUCGAAUCCACGGUAACUCCAGCUCCAAUGGCUCUUCUGGUUGUGGGAGAAAUUCUUCUUGGUAAUGAGGUUGUUCUUGAUAUGCCCAGGGGUCCGGUUGUUCUCCGUAGUAAGGGGGUUGGUACUGGAACCCGAAUCCAUAGUCUUCUCCGCCUUGAUUGCUCCACGGAGUCUCGGGGUAAUACCACCCAGAUGGUGGUGGAUACCCCCAAUGAUUGGAGAAGCCAUUAGGAUCCAUGAUUCAGAUCUGCACCAACAAAAACAAAAACACCCAAGUGAAAAGCAAGGGUGGAAAAGAAAAGAAACGAAAAACGCUAAAGUAACAAACUUCUGCCUUUCCUAAUACUCUAGAAAGUCCCCGGCAACGGCGCCAAAAACUUGAUGCUCCAAAAACACAACACCUAACAAAGGCCAAGUGUAACCAAUGAAAGGGACUGCAGUAUAGUGGCUCAAGUGAUAAAUAUCGAAUCCACGGGUCUCUAGAGUUACUAUUACUCAGCUUCAGUUUAUUAUUUAGCAAAUCAGAUUAAGAUGAAAGAACUAAAACUACUCUAGCAAACUACAGUUAAAGUUAAUCUAAUUACAGGUUGGGAACUCACUUAGGUAUGAUUCCCCCUAGCCACUAGCCAGAUUAAUGAUUGAUGAUCUCUAACCUGUUUCACUUUCAUUCACAAUGCGGAGAAUCCUUGACUAGACCUUGAGUCUCGACUAAAGGAACAAGGCCCUCUUGAGUCAAUUGCCUAGAGGGACGUAUCCUUCUCUAGAACAACUGAUCAAGGCGUUCUGAACUAGACUCCCUCUAUCGAAAGGGGUUCUCAAUCGAUACAAAGCAGUGAAUCAACCCUCGACUAAAGCAAUCGAUCCACUACUAUCAAUCUAUGGUGCUCUAUUGACCUAAUCAGGUAUUCCCUCUCAUAGGAUCAAAGCAGAAUCAAUAAUCUCGACUAAAGCAGAAUUGAAUCAUGAAAACAUGCAUAGAUUGAAUAUGAACUCAAGAUUAUCAAGUCAGAGUACUCAUACAAUCAUCCAAUCAAACAAACAUAGCUAGGGUUCCUCAAAACCUAAGUGAAGGGAAGUUACUCCAUAGAGAAGAGAGAGACUGCAGUAAGAAUCUUCAGAUGAUCAGUCUUCAAGUCCGGGCUUGUUCCUCGAGCUUCCAAGGCGAAGAAAUCCUCCUUCUCUACUCCAAGAAUGCCCUCAAAUCGCCCUCUCUCUCUAAGGUUCGUCCCUUGGGUGUUUGGGAUCCAAAAACCCAGCUCUUCCUCUCCUUUGGUUCGGAAUUUGGCUUAAAACCAGGAAAUCCCGACUCGCACGGCCAGGGUGCACGGCCGUGCAUAUCACCAUUCUGGCCGUGCAACUCAAAACGCAGCGUGUCAUUUAGUCGAACUUCAGCCCUCUCGCACGGCCAGGGUGCACGGCCGUGCGAGCUUCAGGGGUUGCCCGUGCGUGUCCUCGUCAUAAGGCGCACGGCCAUAUUGCUCACGUGCACGGCCGUGCAGCCUCCCUGGUCUGCCCGUGCAGCUUGCUCAGCCUCUGUUUAAUGCUUCGUUUCUCCCUCGUCCGGACUCCGAAUCAGUCGCCGUUUGAUCCCAGACGCUCGUAGUCUCGUCCUCUUUCGUUUCAUAACAAGCUUGCACGCUUCUUUGUCCAUAAAGUGAGAUAGAAAUC